CUCUACUAGGUAAAGAACAUUGAACUGAAUCACAAAUCGUUGAAUUCCGAAGAACAAUUGGCGAGAUACGAACGAUUCCGAUCAUCGGAAAAUGGCCGGAAGAUUGAGUAAUGUAGCUACUCGCAUUAUGGGCGGAAACGGUGUCGUCGCCCGGUCCGUCGCAUCCUCUCUUCGAACACGCGCCGGCAUGGGGCUUCCCGUCGGCAAACAUAUUGUACCUGAUAAGCCGCUUCAUGUGAAUGAUGAACUUACAUGGGACAAUGGUACUCCUUUUCCCGAGCCUUGUAUCGAUCGCAUAGCAGAUACCGUUGGAAAGUAUGAAGCAUUGGCUUGGUUGUGCGGUGGGUUGAGUUGUUUUGUGGGGAUUGGACUGUUAGCUGUUUGGAAUGAUAAAGCCUCCAAAAUUCCAUUUGUAAGUCUCCAUUUAUUGAAUUCCAAUUCUGUUUUAUCUUUAUUUGUGUGAAUCAGUUAUGCUUUG